AUGUCUCUCUGGCUCGUUUUCCAGAUCCAUUCAUUCCGCAUUCGUAUGAUUCGAGACCGUGAAACGGACAAGUUUAAAGGUUUUGCUUAUGUCGAGUUCAACUCUACAGACGAACAAAACAAAGUUUUGGAGCUGAAUGGGGUGGAAUAUGGUGGUAGGCCUCUCAAAAUCGACGUCGCAACACAACGCUCAGGUGGCGAUCGUGGAGGUCGUAAAGGAGGUGCUCGAGGAGGAGGAGGAGGUUGGACCACUGUUAAUCAGCAUGACCGACGUGGUCACAGCAGUAAUUUUCGGGACAGUAACAAUGUUCGGUCACGACAUCGCCGUUUAGAACAGCAUGGCGAGGACACCGGAAUAGUGGAGCAUCCCGAACGCCCUCGAUUGGUGCUGAAACCGCGGACAACCGACCCAGCAGAACUAGAGGCGAAGCAGAAGCGUGAAGCUGAAGAGGAGGCAGCACGUCGGGCUAAGUUGUUCAUCGCAUAG